UGAACAUAGGGCUACACGAUGCAUGUCUCGGUUGGGCCUUGCCAUGUCUUGUGGAUGUCCCAAAGUAGGUGUUACUUAUGCUUGGUGAUGUAGUAAAUACUCCAUAUUAUUGGAGGUAUGUACAAAACCCAAGCUAUGAUCUUCUAGCUCAGUAGCACAGCUUCUAGUCUUGUGCGCCAGUUUGUUAUGGACUUGAAUAACAAAGGUGGGCUUGCUUCCUCUGCUUUCUUUAAACCAUGGGCCUUGGUCGUAUAUGCCCAAGGGAUUCUCUGGAUUUGUUAAGCAGCUGAUCUGCUGAUGUUAUGAAUCUUACCUGCUAUGUGGUUUUGUAGAUUCGAUGGGUUGUUCUUUUGUUUGUUUAUACACGAGGUCUACAUUAUUUACGCUGGAUUCUGGAUAUUAGUGUCCAAACAUGGCUUAUAAAAAAACCUUAGUCUACUUGAUCAAUUAGUAGAAAUUACUUCACCUUCAUAAAGAGGAGAAAAAAAAACACUCUUAUAGCAACAACCCCAAAUAACCAUUUUAGCAUAUGGAGGUUUGGACUCAUAUUCAAGUUGAGGACUGAUUCUCACCGGCUCCUUGUCAUAAUAUAUUCAUACUUUCCAAUCUAAAUGAAGGAACUGCCUUUCUCUGGUUAGCAAAAUGGUUUUUCAGGCAUCCUCAUUUACUGGCAGGAAAUUCUAAUAAAUAUAAGCCAAGUUUGGAAAACGGCGAAACUAAGACUUUCUAGCGAAGUCCAAUGCUAGAGGGAAGAACUUCCCGUGGUAUGUUCCUAUGAGAACUAGACCAAUUCAUGGGUAGAUAGCCUGUUGGAGAAUGAUUUUGUCAGACAGUGGAGGUGAAAUAGCCUAAUUCCUAGAGCACGGCUACCCAUAUUUGACUUAUAAGUAAUAGCGUGUCGGGGAGGAUAGACUCCCGUAAAACAGAGUAGGUUAUAUAAUAAUGGGAAAAUCGUCCGUACAGUACCUGACCUUUGUCCCAUUCUAAACUUCAGUACCUCACGUUCAGAUAAUAUCAAAACGGUACCUCAGGUUCUGACCCAGACCGAAGAAUGGUACCUGGAGCCGUUAGUUCCGUUACGGAAGCUGACAGCUGUCAUAUUUUGAUCAUUAAAUGACCAAUUUGCCCUUAUUUUUUUAUUUUCCUUAAUGUUCUUCAUAUAAUUAAAAAAAAAAAAAAUUCUGGGAAAUCCCAGCCACAAAACCCAGAAACCUGCUUUCUCUCCAUGACGACGCCGUCUCAGUCCCAACAAUCCACUCCCUCCUUCUGGGCUUUGCUCCCUUGGAGGACCUGGAUCUCCUUAUCGCUUCUGUCAAAGUUAACGGACGACGCUCGCCGACCAAACGACACCAUCAACCGCCGUCUCAUGAGCUUCCUCGACUUACGCUCCUCCGCCACUCCCUCAGCUCCCUACAAAGGCGUCACCACCUCCGACGUCACCGUCAACCAAACCCGCAACCUCUGGUUCCGCUUCUUCGUCCCUUCUACGACGUCGUCUUCCCCCGCCUCUUUACCUGUCGUCGUUUUCUUCCACUGCAGCGGCUUCAGCUUUCUCAGCCCCGACUCCUACUCCUACGACUCCGUCUGCCGCAAAUUCGCCCGCGAAAUCCCCGCCGUCGUAGUCUCAGUCAACUACCGCCUCUCCUCGGAGCACGGCUACCCCUGCCAGUACGACGACGGCCUCGACGUCCUCAAAUUCCUCGACCAAAACCCCGACUCCCUCCCCGACCUCGCUGACUGCUCCCGCUGCUUCCUCGCCGGAGACAGCGCCGGCGCGAACAUUGCCCACCACGUGGCGGUGCGAGCCUGCCGCGAGCUGUUUCGGGUCGUGAAACCAAUCGGGUUGAUAUCGAUCCAACAGUUCUUCGGCGGCGAGGAAUGGACCGAGUACGAGAUCCGACUCGAGGGCGCGCCGCUGGUGUCAGUGGCCCGAACCGAUUGGCUGUGGAAGGCUUUCUUGCCACAAAACCCAGAAACCCGGUGGCUUGGUUGAGACUGAGAAGAUUUGAAUGAGAGAGAGAGAGAGAGAGAGAGAGAGUAACAGUACGGAGAAAGAAAAAGAAAUAGAAAAAAAGGAAUUAGAUAAAAAAAAUUUAGAUUAAGACAGGAAAAGACAAAUAUAUCCUUCAACUAGCAACUUCCAUAACGGAGCUAACGGCUCCAGGUACCAUUCUUCGGUCGGGGUCAGAACCUGAGGUACCGUUUUGAUAUUAUCUGAACGUGAGGUACUGAAAUUUAGAAUGUGGCAAAGGUCAGGUACUGUACGGACGAUUUUCCCUAUAAUAAUUUGUUACAAACUUCUUCCCACUGUAGGCAGGCGGAACUAUCCUCUUGCUACUAUUGUUUUUGACUGAUGUAUUUGCUGUUCCUAGUUGAUAUUGGCUUUA